AUGGCAAAGAGAGAUGCAGAGUCUGAGAAGCUUAAGCAGAAUUAUGAAGUGCUACUGAACCUGACAAGAGCUCAAGCUACAGUCAUCCAGAACCUGAAGUUGAAGCAUAUUACAAACAAGCAAUUGCUUAGUGAAGCUAAGAUGAACUUGGAGUUGAAGAAUGCAGAGCUCACAAAGUCUGAGGAGAAGCUCACCCAAGAUAAGCUAGAGUUGAAGUUUCAGGUUUCAGAUUUGCUUAAGGGAAAGGAAAAGCAUGGUAAAGAGAUGGUGCAGCUAGAGCUUCAGUUUGCUGAGCUGAUGAAGGCAGAGGAGAAGCUGAAGGAGAAGAUCAAGGGGAUCCAGGCCAUCUUAGAGAAGUGA